AUACGCCUGCACAGAGGAGGCCAGCAGCACCAUACUAGAUCCCGUCCUACGAGCGAGCGAGCGAGCGGCUGAUCAAUCCUGUCAAGAUGCAGAUCUUCGUCAAGACCCUGACCGGAAAGACCAUCACGCUGGAGGUCGAGAGCAGCGACACCAUCGACAACAUCAAGGCCAAAAUCCAGGACAGGGAAGGCAUCCCUCCGGACCAGCAGCGCCUCAUCUUCGCGGGGAAGCAGCUUGAGGACGGGCGCACCCUGGCGGACUACAAUAUCCAGAAGGAGUCGACGCUGCACCUGGUGCUUCGCCUCCGCGGCGGAAGCAGGGGCCACUACAUCAUCAAGGAGCCCAGCCUGCUGCAGCUCGCGCUCAAGUACAACGAGAAGAAGAUGGUCUGCCGCAAGUGCUAUGCACGCCUUCCCUUCAGGGCUACCAACUGCCGCAAGAAGAAGUGCGGCCACACCGACCAGAUCAGGCUGAAGAAGAAGUUUAUCAACCAACUGUCUAUGUGAAGAUGUAUCGGUUGGAAACACAAGGGGGAGUCGUCGUCAUCGUGGUCCGCGCGCGGCCGAACAAGUUCUUCUGAUUCCGAGUCUGUUUUUUCCCUUAAUCAUCAAGUUCUAACUAGCACACAUGCAUGGUUCUGGAUGUGGGUCUAUUGAAACUCUAUCAGUACUGGAGUAGUUGUUAUUUUGUUUCGAAAACCCCUUUACCACUUUUUACCACUUCUUAUGAAUAUGAAUUGUGAAGGGAUCGACCAUGGAGUUUUAAGGGAUCUAUGGCCCCAACUUUUUAUGUGUCUGACAUGUCUACAGAUAUUGUGUCUGUGUUCA